AUGUGCAUUACUGCUCAUUUCAUUGGUAGAGAUUGGAAAUUGCAUAAAAGAAUUAUUAACUUUGUCCAAGUUACUAAACAUUCUGGAAGUGAAAUUGGAAAACAGUUGGCUAGUUGUUUGGUGGAGUGGGGCAUUAGGAAGGUGUUUUGUAUAACAAUGGACAAUGCUAAUGUCAAUGAUGUGGUUGCUAUCCAUAUGAGGGAACAGUUGAAAGAGUGGGGAAAGGAUGGCAAAUAUCUGCAGAUGAGGUGUGUGGCUCACAUUAUUAAUUUGGCUGUGAAGGACGGGCUUAAAGAAACUGGUAAAUCUGUGGAGCGAGUGAGAGAGUUUGUGAAGUGGGUUAAAUCUACACCAACUAAGAGCAGAAAAUUCAAAGAUUGCAUUGAGUUUGAAAAGAUAGUGUCGAAGAAAUUUGUUUCGUUGGAUGUAGCUACAAGGUGGAACUCAAUGUAUCUGAUGUUGGAAUCUGCAAAGCCAUUUGAGAAAGCAUUUCAGACAUUAGCUAGAAAUGAUAAGAAAUUCAAGAAACAUCUCAAUGAAAAAAAAUAUGGAAAUGAAAGCCUUGGUAUCACAACUUCUGAUGAUUGGUCUAGUGUGGGACGGUUGAUUGAUUACCUGAAGCUAUUCUAUGAUUUGAUUGUUCGAGUUUCUGGGACUUCAUAUGUGACUUUACACUUCUUGUUUGAUGAGGUAUGUGAAAUGUAUACUAUUGUAUCUGAGUGGGAUGAUGGUAUAGAUUUUGAGGUGUCUUGCAUGGCUGAGAGAAUCAAGUCCAAACUUGCCAAGUAA